GUCUUUCCAGACCGCCUGCAGGAUUAUGUUGGAAAAGAGGAGGAUUUCUCUGACCAGCAGCUCUAUGAACAAAAGAGAAAUUCCAGUUCGGACCAAGAGGAACCAGAACCUCUGCAGAUAAAAGAAGAGCAGAAAGAACCAGAACAUCCCUGGACAAAAGAGGAAACCAUGGAGCUCCCCAUAAGUGAGCACGAAGAGCAGCUUGUUCUGAAGGAAGAGGCUAAAUAUGAAGCAGAGAAACCUUUCCCAUGUUUGACAUGUGGAAAAAACUUUCUAAAAAAAGAACAUUUGAUGGUUCAUAUGAGAACUCACACAGGUCAGAAGAUUCAUGAAUGUCCAUUCUGUGGAAAAAUGUUUCGAAAGAAAUCUGAUCUUGAUACACACAUAAGAAAUCACACAGGUGAAAAGCCUUUUUCCUGUACCAUUUGUAGCAAGAAGUUUACUGAAAGAAGUCAUUUAACUUCUCACGUGAGAAUUCACACAGGUGAGAAGCCUUUUGAAUGUCUGUCCUGUGGAAAACGCUUCACUCAGAAAUCUAAUCUUGAUAAACACUUCAGAAUUCACACAGGUGAGAAGCCUUUUUCCUGCACUAUUUGUAACAAGAAUUUCACUGAAACCAGUACUUUAAAUAAUCACAUGAGAAUACACACUGGUGAAAAGCCUUUUCAAUGUUUGACCUGUGGAAAACGCUUCAUCUCUAAAUCUGAUCUUAAUACUCACAUUAGAAUUCACACAGGGGAGAAGCCUUUUUCCUGCACGAUUUGUGGCAAAAAUUUUACUCUAAAACAUAAUUUGACUACUCACAUGAGAAUUCACACCGGUGAUAAACCUUUUUCCUGUACCAUUUGUAACAAGAAUUUUACUGACAAGAGUAAUUUGACUUCUCACAUCAGAAUUCAUACAGGUGAGAAGCCCUUUGAAUGUCUGUACUGUGGAAAAAGCUUUACUCAUAAAUCUAGUCUUGAUAAACACAAGAGACUUCACACAGGUGAAAAGCUGUUAUCCUGAAUAAAUUGUGACAAAGGUUUUAAAAAAGGUAAGAUGAAUUAAGUUUGCUGUCCAACAAGCAGUUGAGAAGUUAUAUGUUUGAAUUGAAAAUAAUUGAAAAAUUUGGCAGGGUGUGGCACAGUUUUUUCUGUAUGAAUUUAUUGAGGAAAAAAACUUUUUGGGGACUAAGAAACAUUUAGUUGAUCAAUAAGCUUUUGUUUAGCAAAAAGUCCAGAAACACACUUUAAUUCAGAUGAAAAUACCCUCAGAUGAAAAUAAAAGCAAAAGUAGGACAGAUUUAAUGUGCUUUGCUCAGUUUUAAUGAUGUUUUUGGAGGAUUUUUUAAAGGUCGGCUGCAAAUGAUCAGAGUCUAGCUAAUUCAGUGUCUUGUUGGCUUUCAUUAGCAAUGCAUCAAUCAGCCCUGCUACGUGUGUUGUUGAAACCAGGCCCACCAAAACUCUUUGUUUUUGGCCACAGUGUUACAGCUAUGGUGAAUAGAUAUUAGAAUGAACUAGAUCAUCUAUAGAGGAGUCUCAGAUGAAGAUUUGGGACAUAUAGAAGUGUGUGUCAGUCUCA